ACGGUCACUCAGGGUAAGAGGGGAGAAAGGAAGAGAUCAGAGGGUGUUUGGGCAGAGGACGGUCCCUCGGUCCGGGUAGAACAAUGCUACAAUGAGCAGCUUCUUAGACUACACGGUGAUGAGCGGUGAAGGCGGCUCUUGCUCUGUCAGGACUUUCCACUCGGAUCACGGGAUUACAACUUUCCAGUCCUGUGCUGCCUCUAUCAACAACUGCGGGACCGAUGACCGUUUCAUGCCGAACAGGGCUUCUCCUGACGGCAUACCUCACCAGCCCGGGUCAUACCACUCUACUGCGAGCCUCUCCUAUGGGGCCCAUCCGGCCUGUAGCUCCAGCUAUGGGCCCCAAAGUUUCUGCACGACUUACAACCAUUACGCGCUCAACCAGGAAGUGGACUCUACAACGGCAUUCUCCCAGUGCGGCCCACUGAUGUAUUCGGGUAACAUUUCAUCCUCCAUGAUCUCUCAGCAUCGCCAUGGUUACAGUGCCGCCCCCCUAGGUCAACUGCAGUAUACCCAUGGUGCCUAUGGCGGCGGGCACGAGCAAGCAUCCCCUUAUCCCGGGUGUUCAAACCCGCUGUCACCUCUGCAUGCAGCUCAUCUGGAGACUUGCUGUUCUCCUCUGUCUGAAGGCACAUCGUCUGCACAGACGUUUGACUGGAUGAAAGUGAAGAGGAACCCACCAAAAACAGGGAGGUCUGGGGAGUACGGUUAUGCUGGUCAGCCGAACACGGUCCGGACCAACUUCACCACCAAACAGCUGACGGAGCUGGAGAAGGAAUUCCACUUCAACAAGUACCUGACACGGGCGCGCCGCGUAGAGAUUGCAGCUGCACUGCAACUGAAUGAGACUCAAGUGAAAAUUUGGUUCCAAAACCGAAGAAUGAAGCAGAAAAAGCGAGAGAAAGAAGGGCUGCUGCCAGUCAAAGCUCCAUCAUCAGACACGGGAGAGAGCAUUCACGAGAAAACGGACGAUGCAGCAUCAGAAAAGUCUAUCUCAGCCCCAUCUACUCCUUCGCCCACAUCCUCAUCAGUGUCUUCCACGGGGGCUGAUCCUUACUCGUCCAACUGAGGACCAGCUGCCUCUUUACCUCUCUGGGCCAUGGCGGCCUAUAUGUACCAAAUUUCAUACCAAGUGUAUCAAAACCAACGUCUUUGUUGAUGGAUGACAAUUGUGGACAUUUAUGACGUGUUAAUGCACUACCCGGGAACUUUGGAAAAUAACAAGGACCGUUUCUGGGCUAUUAAUUUGUUUUAUAUUGUGUAUCGUGUUUGCAAAAACGAUAAUAUAGCUGUCCAAAGAAGUGUAGGCCAUGGUUUAAAAUGUAUCGGUUUUCUUUUGAGAUCCUACAUAAAACUGUCAGUCCGCUUCGAUUAUGUUGGUGGAGGAGGUCCCAGAGCCGUCUAUAGUACCUCUCCCUGACCAGUGCUGCUAAACGUGUCAAUGUAAACGUCACGAAUCCGCACACGAGAACAAAUACCUCGAAUAUGCCAAAGUUCUGCACCCAGUUCACCGUCGGUCUGUUUGACCUGGGUGACCUCAAUUAGGCAUCACACAAUCAACGAGAUGACCUCGCUUAUUAAUCGCUUUUGAGUGCAUUGUUAUAGUAACUGCUUAAUCACUGUCACUUCCGUGUUUCAGGUCUAUGUGUCGACUGUUUGAAUGUCUGUUGUGUGAGAUUUGCAUGAUGCAUACUGCCUUCAUGUUAUUAUUAGUGGGACGCUGAGUUUUAUCAGUUGCGGGACCGGUCAUCUAUGUUACAGGCUUUUUAUCUGCUAGCUAUUAAACCAAGUGGAGCACAUACAAACCUUUUGUCCAGAGAGACGUUUACGGGUCAAUCAUGUGUAUUAAAGUGCGUUUACCUCCAAA